UGCCCAGGCGGGAAGCGGCCGUGAGUUUCCUCCCGUUACCCUCCGCCUGCGGAGAGGGAGGGGGGAGUGGGAGGCGCGCGCUCACGAGCUACGUGCUCGCGUACGUCGCCCGGGUUCGCCUGCGUCGGUCCCACCGCCCGCCCGUUGCCGCCGCCGCCGCCGCGCUCUAGCUUUGCGGGCCGCCGCCUAAGGGGCCGUGCCGGGCCUAGCUGCUGCUGCUGUCGCCGGAAUGCCGCGCGUGUACAUCGGUCGUCUGAGCUACCAAGCCCGGGAGCGCGAUGUGGAGCGUUUCUUUAAGGGCUACGGAAAGAUCCUGGAGGUGGAUCUGAAGAACGGGUGGGGAAAGAUCAAGUGCAGACUGAGCUGUGGCCACCGUUUGCAGACCAGGAAUCCACACUAGCUCAAAUCAGAGAGCUCUUGGUGUGCGGGAACUGCCAGUUUGCCGACGUGAAAAGAGCCCCAGACUGGGUACUGGUGAGCCCUGAAGUCGCACCCCAGCUCUGCCACUCAGUGAGCACGGCAACAUCCCUAAUCCUGACCAGCCAUGGAGAGGUUCGGUUCUUACAAGGAAAAUGAGUGAAUGUGGGAGUGGCUCACCACAUUGGGAAAACAAAACUCACAUCCUGCUGAUGGUUGGCUGAGGACUGUCAUGUCCACAUACAGAGAAAAAGCAUGUGGCACAGUUUUAGGACAAAGAUAUGGUUUUGUGGAGUUUGAUGAUCUGCGUGAUGCAGAUGAUGCUGUUUAUGAACUGAAUGGCAAAGACCUUUGUGGUGAACGAGUAAUUGUUGAGCAUGCCCGAGGCCCACGUCGAGACGGCAGUUACGGUUCUGGACGCAGUGGAUACGGCUAUAGACGAAGUGGCCGAGAUAAAUACGGCCCUCCUACUCGGACAGAAUACAGACUUAUUGUGGAGAAUUUGUCGAGUCGGUGCAGCUGGCAAGACUUAAAGGAUUAUAUGCGUCAGGCAGGAGAAGUGACCUAUGCAGAUGCUCACAAAGGACGCAAAAAUGAAGGUGUAAUUGAAUUUGUAUCUUAUUCUGAUAUGAAAAGAGCUUUGGAAAAGUUAGAUGGAACUGAAGUCAAUGGCAGAAAAAUCAGACUAGUUGAAGACAAGCCUGGUUCUAGACGACGCAGAUCCUACUCCAGGAGUCAUUCAAGGUCUCGCUCUCGAAGCAGACAUUCCCGUAAGAGCAGAAGCCGAAGUGGCAGCAGCAAGAGCAGCCAUUCUAAGAGUAGAUCUCGAUCCAGGUCAGGCUCCCAUUCCCGGAGCAAGAGCCGCAGUAGGAGCCAGAGCCGCAGCCGGAGCAAGAAGGAGAAAAGCAGAAGUGUCAGCAAAGACAAGAGCCGCAGCCGCAGCCGCAGUUUGGACAAGUGCCGCAGCAAAAGUAAAGACAAGGCAGAGGAGAAGAUCCAGAACAGUGACAACACCAGGAAAUCCAAGAGCCGAAGUCCCAGUAGGCAUAAAAGCAAAAGUAAAAGCAGAAGCAGGAGUCAAGAGAGGAGAGUGGAGGCAGAGAAGCGGAGGAGUGUGAGCAGGAGCAGGAGCAAGGAGAAGAGCAGGAGUCAGGAGAAGAACCUCCACAGGAGCAGGAGCAGGAGUCGCAGCAAAAGCAGGGACAAGAGGAAGGGGAGGAAGAGAAGCAGGGAGGAGAGCCGCAGCCGCAGCCGCAGCCGCAGCAAGAGCGAGAGGAGCAGAAAGCGAAGCAGCAAACGAGACAGCAAGUCAGGCAGCAGCAAGAAGAAGAAGAAGGAAGACACUGACCGCUCCCAGUCCAGAUCAGGCUCCCGCUCAGUGUCAAAGGAGAGGGAACGUCCCAAGUCUGAGUCUGGCCAGAGGGAAGGCCGAGGGGAGAAUGAGGGUGCUGGCACCAAACAGGAGAACCGGUCCAGGUCCAGGUCCAAUUCCAAAUCAAAUCCAAAUCUUCCAUCAGAAUCACGUUCCAGAUCAAAGUCUGCUUCAAAAACCCGGUCUCGGUCCAAGUCUAGAUCUCGGUCGGCAUCCAGAUCACCUUCGCGGUCUAGAUCCAGAUCCAACUCAAGGUCCUAACUGGUUAUGGCCACAGCUGGAACUACCCAAGAAGUCUUUUGUACAUGUUUGGUAGCCGUAGCACAAGUGAUUGAAGUAGAACAAAUGUCACUGCUGUACAUUUUUAACCCCCUGAUGGUGUGUCUACAGUUGUUAAAUCUAAGUGCUUCCUCUCCGUAAAGCCUCCUGGCACCAGGCCUUCCUGCUCAACUGAAAACCGUCUUCUCUCUCAACGUCGUCCCCUCAUGGCCCACAGUAGAAUAUCCAAAAUGCCUUGGCUUCCAGACCUGCCCUUUGCUACAGGGAAUUCAGUUCCUGGAUGACUUUAAGGCUGGAAUGAUGACAUAGGUAGGUAUGGUGAGUUCAACCAUUUUUGCCCUUGAAUUGAUGCCCUUUGAUGUAUGCCAUUUAGUGAAAGUGCUAAGUUGUAAGUUUCCUACCACUUUGGUUUCAUAUUUUGGGACUUAACAAAGUUGUGAAUAGCACAGUCAAGGAAAAUUGAUACCUGCAGUAACCCAUAGGAAAUAAACUGUAGAGUUCCAUAUUCUGGUAUUGUGAUUAUAUUGUUUUAUAUUAAAAAGGAAAAGAAAAGAUUUUUUUUAAUUUUAUUUUUCCCCGUCUUGCAAAGUAUAGUGACCCCUGUUUCCAUUAAAUUUGAAUAAAGACUAUUUUUGCUUGACAAAA